AUGGCCUUCUACGCCGAGCUCAUGAGUCACCCCGUGCUGCAGCAGAGGAAGCUGCUGAAACCCGUCCUGAAGCACCUGGCGGCAGGGGCCAGUGAAGAGCGUGACACCAUCCGCCGGCUGGCGGCACGUGGGCUGGGGAACAUGGCCCAGGGGGUGCCGCAGAAGGAAGACGGCACCGUGCGUGCGGCAGCAUUUGGCCUGUUCAGAGCCCUGGCCGGCUUGGCCCAGCAGAAGCACCGGCAGCUCUUCACAGGGGAAGUGAGGAGCAGCUGGGCCGCUCUGAUGCUCCAUGUGCGGGACCCUAGCCCCGAGGCAGCCACGGCCUGCUGCGCUGCAUUCCAGGCGUGCACCCCAUUCCUCGGCCUCACGGGGCUCGAGGGAGCCUUUGACAGUGGGCUCCUGACAGGCGCCUCCGGGGAGAGGCACAGACACUUGAUGGGACACGUCUGCAAACAGCUGGCCCACAAGGACCCUGCGCUGCUGGAGAGUCUCGUCACUGAGACCAGCCUGCACCUCCACAGCUGCUGGGAGGAGAUCAGGCUGGCAGCAGCCAAGCUGGCAGGGAUCCUUGCAGAGAACAUGGAGGCCCAGCAUGUCCAGCAGCUGGAUCUGGGAAAGCUGCUGUGCUCUCUCCGAGCACUGCAUGGUGACCCCAGCACUGCUGUUGAGAUUGCUGCCGCAGAAGCCAUCAGCACCAUCAGCCAGAAGCAGCGGGGGACCCUGCAGGAGCCAGGUCCCAGCCACACAGCCCCCAGAGGCCAAGGGAGGCUGCUGUUUGUGAGGAAGCUCUUCAGGCGGAAGGGGAAGGGAAGACCCCCGGCAGGGCCCCUCGACAGUGCAGAGUCAGAGAGCAUCUCCAGCAGCUGAUGUUGGAAGGAGAUGGGUGCUGCUGUCAGAGCAGAGGAUCGGGGCCUUUGGAGCCACGUUCCCC